AUGGAGACGGUGCUUUUCUUCCUCUACGUUUUGGGAACCGCAGCUGCAAUCCCGACAAAUGCAAGGUUCCUAUCUGAUCAUUCUCAACCAACUGCUGAUUCCUUGAGUUCCAUCCAACAGGCUGAAUUGUCGGUAACACCUGACAACACUGCAGUCCCCAUUUUAAGGGUUGAAGAUUCAGAAAAUGAAAAGGAAACUGCAGUAUCCACAGAAGACCAUCUCAACCAUAAGGCUAAAAAAUCUUCAACACUGAAGUCAAAGGAGGAAAACCAUGACCAGUCAGCAGAUCAGGACCAGAGUUACAGCCAAGAGCUGGGAUUACAGGAUCAAGAGAAAAGUGAAAGUAACUUCAGUGAGAAUUUGGAGGAUUCACCAUCUGAAGAUACAUUGGGUCUAAAAGAAGAUAUAAGUGAGCCUCAAAAGAAGCAACUCCCAGAGAACAUUGAUUUCCUCGCUCCUGAAGUUAGUUCCGUUGCAGACUCUAACCAACAAGAAAGCAUCACGACAGAGAAAAAGCAAGAACAGCCUAUAAAUGAUUCUCAUGCUCAAUCAAAUGGGGGCAGCAAACGUAGCCAAGACUUAAGUGAUCCGGGAAACCAGGAGCAGGAUCCAAAUAUUGCCAAUGGAGAAGGGGAAGAGGAACAAGAGCCAGGUAAAGUUGCUACCUACAAUGACAAUCAAGAAAGGGAGAGAGAAUUUCCCAAGGAGCAUUCUAACAGCAAGCAGGAAGAGGAGAAUACCCAAUCUGAUGAUAUUCUGGAAGAGUCCAAUCAACCAACUCAAGUAAGCAAGAUGCAGAAAGAUGAAUUUGAGUGGAGUAACCAAGAACAAGAACAGAAUAACUCCAAUGCAGAAAUGGAAGAGGAAACUGCAUCAAAAAUUAAUAAGCACGAUCAAGAUACUGAAUGGCAGAGCCAAGAGGGAAAACCUGGCCUUGAAGUUAUCAGCAACCAUGAAGAGAUGGAUAAAAAGGCUGUUUCUGAGACUUUGCUCGUAGAGCCUACUGAUGAUGGUAACAUCAUUGCCAGAAAUCAUGGGCCAGAUGAUGAUGGUGAUGAUGGCCCCAGACAUGAUGAAAGUGAUGAUGACUACACCCCAAGUGAGGACUUCCUGGAGGCUGAAAGAGCUCAAUCAAUGAGCUAUCACAUCGAAUACGAGGAGGAAAGAGAAAGAGCACUUGAGAAUGAGAAUGUAGACACCAGUAAACAUGGAGAACACCAAGGGUCCAAGAAAGCAGAGAGCUUACCAAAUGAGGAUGAAAGUUCAAGUGGAGGCAACAUGAGGGUGCACAGUGUUGAUUCUUGCCUGAACUUCCAGUGUAAAAGAGGACACAUCUGUAAGGCUGACCAACAGGGAAAACCCCACUGUGUUUGCCAAGAUCCAGUGACUUGUCCUCCUACAAAACUCCUUGACCAAGUUUGUGGCACUGACAAUCAGACCUAUGCCAGCUCCUGUCAUCUGUUCGCUACUAAGUGCAGACUGGAGGGGACCAAAAAGGGGCACCAACUGCAGCUGGAUUAUUUUGGAGCCUGCAAAUCUAUUCCUGCUUGUACGGACUUUGAAGUAAUUCAGUUUCCUCUAAGGAUGAGGGACUGGCUCAAGAAUAUCCUCAUGCAGCUUUACGAGCCUAACCCUGAACAUGCUGUCUAUCUAAAUGAGAAGCAGAGAAAUAAAGUCAAGAAAAUUUACCUGGAUGAAAAGAGACUCUUGGCUGGGGACCAUUCCAUCGACCUUCUCUUAAGGGACUUUAAGAAAAACUACCACAUGUAUGUGUAUCCUGUGCACUGGCAGUUUCAUGAACUUGACCAACAUCCUAUGGACAGAGUCUUGACACAUUCCGAGCUUGCUCCUUUGCGAGCAUCUCUGGUGCCCAUGGAACACUGCAUAACUCGCUUCUUUGCUGAGUGUGACCCCAACAAGGAUAAGCACAUCACCCUGAAGGAGUGGGGCCACUGCUUUGGAAUUAAAGAAGAAGAUAUAGAUGAAAAUCUCCUGUUUUGA